AGUUUUAUCAAUUAAUUCAGCUAUUAGUCUUUGAGCAUUGUAUCGAAAUAUGGAAGUUAAAUCUAAAUUUCCAUAUUUAGACUAGAUCGUUUACUUAUUGACGCGAACAUAGAGAGUAGAUUAUCAAUAAUUUUAUUACACUGCCACUUUUAUUUCAUAGCCACAUUUUCGUCUUUUUCAUUGUUGAUUACAUAUGUUUAAACCUCUCAGAAAAUGACUUUUUCUUUUUCUUUUGCUUCUUUUGUCUAAUUCAAUAUUUUAUUAUAAAUAUGUUACAUAUCGAAUACCUUGAUAUCCUUCAAAAUCAUGGCUCAAUAAUAAAUGAACAGAUGAAGCCAUCUUCUUUACAUGAAAUAGACCUAAAACGAGAAAAUAACUGUAAGGCAGUAGAGGAGUAUAAUGAUGAUAUAAAGAACCAUCAACCGUUUACAUGCAAAUGUGAGAAAGCAGCUAAUCAAUGUGAUAAACCUACACAUUUCUCUGCCAACCUCGCGAAAUCCACAACUUCUCAUAAUGAAGAAUCUUCUCGCUGGUUACCUAAACAGAAUAGUCCGAUUUUAGAAACCGAGAAUAAUACUGAAGAUAAUGUCAGUUUUUCAGAACUAAAAAAAGUUAACGAGACCUUGGAAACACGUGAUGAAGCAUAUGAUGAAGAAAAAGAAUUAUUAAAUAAAAUUAAUGAGAUUUUGAAAAUGGACAAUAGAAAAAUAAGGGAUAAAGUCAAUAAAAUGCGGGUCAACGAAUUGAAUCGAGACUCAAAAUCUCAUGAUUUCCUUUUGCCUUGCGAUGAAGAUACUGGAUGCGUUUGUGACUUUUUGCAAGUAUAUGAAAAACAUGCAUCGUUUGACAAUAAUCGUUGCAGAAUGUAUGAAAAUGUGAACAAUGAUAUUCCGCGCAUUAAUUACGUGCCGACUACAAACGAUUCGAUCCAUGAGAAUGAAUUUAGAUAUUUGAUACGUAAAUAUACUCCCUUGAAUAACAUACCUCGCGGUGAGAUUGAUGAACCAACACGUGUAUACGGAAAUAGCUUUUAUAAUCCCGCGUGUUUGAAUAAUGAAAACAAUACAAUUACAAAUUUAGAAGAGCAGCUUACAGGAGCAUCAUUAGAAUACUGGGGAAAUAAUUCUAUCGGUAGCGUUGAACAUUCUUUAACGCAAUCCGAGUGGAAUAUAUUAAAAUCUUCUAAUGAAUCUGCGAAUUGGCUUCAACAUUCAUUUAAUCAAUCUAAUUGGCUUAGAAGCAACACUUCUAGUCCUAAUAUGAGACAACGUGAUCUUUAUGCAUAAUAUUGUAAAUAAUAAAUGUUGUAAUUAUUAAAUAAAUAUUUCAAUAAUUUAUUUUAUAAGAAUAAAUCUGCUUUUA